CUCUUCAUUUACAAACCACACUCUCACUUCUGUUUUUUCUUCUUCACUCUCUCUUGAAAUCCCUUAGCUUAAAACUAUCUUCAUAAACUCAUUUGGGUUUGGCCACAACAUAAUUUGGUUCUACGCUACAAGAAUUUUUGGCUGUGUCGACGGUUUCUGUAAUGGGAAGGUCACCUUGCUGUGACAAAGUGGGGUUGAAGAAAGGGCCAUGGACACCUGAAGAAGAUCAAAAGCUUUUGGAUUAUAUUAAUGAAAAUGGCCAUGGAAGCUGGAGGGCCUUGCCUUCUAAAGCUGGGCUUCAAAGAUGUGGAAAGAGUUGUAGAUUGAGAUGGAUUAAUUAUCUUAGACCUGACAUUAAGAGAGGAAAAUUCAGCUUGCAAGAAGAACAGACCAUUAUUCAACUCCAUGCUCUUCUAGGCAACAGGUGGUCAGCCAUUGCAACUCACUUGCCAAAAAGAACAGAUAAUGAGAUAAAAAAUUAUUGGAAUACACAUCUUAAGAAAAGAUUGGCUAAAAUGGGUAUUGACCCAGUUACCCACAAGCCCAAAAAUGACUCUUUACUCACUGGUGAUGCCCACUCUAAAAAUGCUGCUAAUUUAAGCCACAUUGCUCAAUGGGAAAGUGCUCGCCUUGAAGCUGAAGCUAGGCUUGUUAGAGAAUCAAGACUACGUACUACUUCUUCUUCAAUUCCUCACCUUUUGACCAAACCCGAUCCCCCCACCAUCCCGUCAUUGAAACCCUGGAACCCCGGAAACGGUGGUGUUCUAGGCCGUGGAAUUGGCGGUGAUCAUCACCUGGAAUCUCCUACAUCGACGUUGACUUUUACGGGAAGUGGAGGAGAGAAUUCAAUAGCCAUGAUUGAGUUUGUAGGAAGUUCAAGUUCUUGUGGUCAUGAGUGGAAAGAAGAGGGAUUUGGGAAUUCAUCAAGCCAAUUACAAGAUCAAUACAAAGAUCAGGGUUUUGAGAAUAAUUCGAUGUCAUUUACAUCUCAUGAAAUGACAUUGUCUAUUGAUCAUCAAGCAACAUGGACGGCUGAAUCAUUAAGAACAACAACAAAAGAUCAUAAUAACAAUAAUAAUAAUUCAAUUGUUGAAGAAGGAUUCACUAAUCUUCUUCUUAACAACAAUGCAGAUGAUCAUGAUCAAAGAAGUCAAUCUGAUAAUGGAGGUGGUGAUCAAGACUCUGAAAAUGGAAGUGGGAAUGAUUAUUAUGAAGAUAACAAGAAUUAUUGGAAUAGCAUUCUUAAUUUAGUCAAUUCUUCUCCUUCUGAUUCUUCAAUUUUCUAAUUUAAGAGAUUAAUUUGUAAUUUUAUGUUAGAGAAUUGGAAUGUGUGAGCCUCAAAUUCCAAUUUUAACUUUUUUUUUUCCUUCUUUUUUGCUAUUUUUAAUUAGGGAAAAUGGUGGAACUGAAGAAAGGGGCCAAACUCUUUGCAAAUUUUAGUUGCAUAUCCAUAAUUGUCAAGCUCGUAAAUGUGUAAUAAAUUAGUUGAAAAAUGCUUAUAAAUAUAAAUAUAUAUAUAUAUAUAUAUAUAUAUAUAUAUAUAUGCUUCAGAGUUUCGCCAACUA